GUAAGAAAUUUCGUGGAAAUUACGUUCGGUGGCGUUCGAAUAUAAGGGAUUCGAUUCUCGGUUCCCCGUCUCCCCCAAUUCGCUCCCACACUCACUCUGUUUCGAUUUCCUCCAUUUCAAACAACCAAUCAACCCAAUCUGAGUUUCCGAAAUGCCGCCGCUCACGGAGGACCACCGCCACCGGUUGCUGGAGGCGCGUGAGGACGACGAGGGGGAAAAGGAAGAGCGAGCGUAUGAUUCGACGGAAAAGGUCCACAUCGUGGGCGUCGACGAGGAUUCCGACGACUACGCGACGGAGGCGCCGCCGUUCUCGUGGCGGAAGCUCUGGCUGUUCACAGGGCCAGGGUUUCUUAUGAGCAUAGCGUUUCUGGAUCCGGGCAAUUUGGAGGGCGAUCUUCAGGCCGGCGCCAUCGCCGGCUACUCUCUGCUCUGGCUGCUUCUGUGGGCGACGGCGAUGGGGCUUCUGGUGCAGCUCCUCUCGGCGCGUCUGGGGGUGGCAACGGGGCGCCACCUGGCGGAGCUCUGCCGCGAGGAGUACCCGAAUUGGGCGAGGAUGUUGCUGUGGGCCAUGGCUGAGGUUGCCCUAAUCGGCGCCGAUAUUCAGGAGGUCAUCGGAAGUGCCAUUGCUAUUAAGAUACUCAGCCAUGGAGUUCUUCCUCUAUGGGCUGGAGUUGUCAUUACAGCACUUGAUUGUUUCAUCUUCUUGUUUCUGGAGAAUUAUGGCGUGAGGAAACUGGAGGCACUCUUUGCUGUGUUGAUUGCUACAAUGGCAGUGGCUUUUGCUUGGAUGUUUGGGGAGACGAAGCCGAGCGGCGCCGAGCUUUUGAUCGGUGUUUUGGUUCCGAAGCUCAGCUCGAAGACGAUAAAACAGGCUGUAGGAGUGGUAGGGUGCAUUAUAAUGCCACACAAUGUGUUCCUACACUCGGCUCUCGUGCAAUCCCGGGACGUUAACAACAAGAAGAUCGGCCGCGUACGAGAGGCUAUUACCUACUACUCGAUAGAGUCAGGGGUGGCGCUUGCCAUUUCGUUCGUGAUAAACUUGUUCGUCACGACUGUUUUUGCGAAAGCGUUCUAUGGCACCGAGCAGGCGAAGAGCAUAGGCCUGAUCAACGCGGGGCAGUUCCUCGAAGAAAAGUACGGUGGAGGGCUGCUCCCGAUAUUGUACAUUUGGGCGAUUGGGUUGUUGGCGGCCGGACAGAGCAGUACAAUCACGGGCACUUAUGCCGGCCAGUUUAUCAUGGGAGGGUUUCUCGACCUGAGGUUGAAGAAAUGGCUGAGGGCAUUGAUAACCAGGAGCUUUGCGAUUAUCCCGACUCUCAUGGUCGCGCUUGUUUUUGAUACGUCCGAGGGGUCGUUGGAUGUUCUGAACGAAUGGCUUAAUGUUCUGCAGUCGAUACAGAUCCCGUUUGCGUUGGUUCCUCUUCUUUACCUGGUGUCGAAGAGUGAGGUCAUGGGGGUCUUCAAGAUUGGCCCGGUGCUUCAGACGGUGUCUUGGAUCGUAGCCGUGCUGUUGAUCGGAAUCAACGGAUACCUUAUGGUGGAUUUCUUCUCGUCUGAAGUCAGCGGCGUGGUGUUUACCGCGGUUAUUUUGAUUCUCACGGCUGCGUACAUAUGCUUCGUUGUGUAUCUAGUUUUGAGGGGAAUCCCGUUCUCCGGGUUGGCUGGCAAUGUCCGGACUGCGCUGGGAAUCUGAACGAUCGAGGGCGUCGUGAAACUACAUCUCUAGCAAAAUAAUGGUAUUACAGGGCAUUGUUAGAAGGCACCUUGUCUUCGUGGUUGCAUUGCACGCCGAUGAACAACGAAGAAUUCGCGUCCUGUCUUCUUUGGAGAAGUGUUCUUCUGCCUGAGGUAUGAACAAAUGUAUGUAACUAACUGUUAGAUAUGGGAAGAAGUAAGAAAUUAGCUAAGCCAUUGUCCUGUUGAUUUUGCACUAAUCAGUCAGGCUGUGAUUCUGUCUAAGAAUUGUAUUUCAUGACAACCUUGAAUUAUGAAGCAUCAGAUGUUUUAGCCUAA